CGGAUGUUUAAAUCACGUGACCUAUCGACAUGGUUAAUUGGUUGUUAUUAGUGGAUAUUGACAGGAACAGAAUAGUGCUGUACUGAAUUAACCAAAAAGACUGGAGUGACAAGGAGAGAACAACAAAACACUCAUUUCAACUGAUCAGCUCAGUGGUAAGAGUUUGAGCGAUGGGCAAGGCGAACAGCAAACUCAAACCUGAGAUGCUGCAAGAUCUGCGACAGAACACGGAAUUUACAGAUGAUGAAUUACAGGAGUGGUAUAAAGGGUUCCUGAAAGACUGUCCCAGCGGACAUCUUACUGUUGAAGAAUUCAAGAAAAUUUAUGGAAACUUUUUUCCUUAUGGUGAUGCUUCAAAAUUUGCAGAACAUGUUUUCCGUACAUUUGAUGCAAAUAGUGAUGGUACAAUAGAUUUUCGAGAAUUUAUAUGUGCACUGAGUGUAACCUCACGUGGGAGAUUAGAACAGAAACUAAAAUGGGCUUUCAGUAUGUAUGACCUGGAUGGCAAUGGUUUUAUAUCAAGACAAGAAAUGCUCGAGAUAGUUACUGCAAUUUACAAAAUGGUUGGAACAGUCAUGAAGAUGCCCGAGGAUGAAUCGACACCAGAGAAACGCACUGACAAAAUAUUCCGUCAAAUGGACAAAAAUCUUGAUGGCAAAUUGUCACUGGCAGAAUUUAUCGAAGGAGCAAAAAGUGAUCCAUCGAUAGUUAGAUUAUUGCAAUGUGAUCCAAAUUCUGCAAGCUGAGAAUGUUGUCAGGAAAAUAUGACAUUGCCAUCUGCAAAACUGGAAUGGAAGCCAAUUCCUUAAAAUUAUGUUUAGAAGAGAAAAUUGAAGCACAAGACACAACAGGAAAUAUGUUAUGUUAAUAUGGAUUAUGUUUCCUGUGACUCUUACUUUAAUAUUGUAUCAUUGCCUUGAAACUGUUACUGAUCAAAUCGAAAUGCACCAUAUUUAUUCUAAUAAAUGCUACAUGGAUGAAACAUUCUCCAAAAUUAUUACGAGUUACCUUCAAAUAGAAAUUUAUGAAAAAAAAUUUAGAAAAUCUAUAACAGUCUGUAACAGGCUAUGAUUUGAAGAAAUGUUGUCAUAGGCAUUUAUUGUAAUAAGUAUGGUCAUUAAGAAAAAAUAUAUUUAGUACCUGUGAAAUCCAAUUAAAAAACCGGUACUUGAUCACAUCUCAUUCCUUGGCCUAUAUUUUUCUUCUUUUCAUGUAAAUGUCUCCUUUUCCAUUCUUGAUAAUUUUGAUUUUUUUUAUGAAAAAAAUUAAAUCAGCUUUUUAUUUAGCUUGUCAACAUGAAAGUUAUUUGUACCUCAUUUUUGCAUCAUCAUCAUCAUCAUCAUCAUCAUGUAAUCAUGAGCUUAUUAUGACAGCAGCAUAUGAAAUAACCUAAAAUUGUUAGUGAUAAUUUACAAAAUAGUGUUUUUAAGACAUAAGCACCAAAACCUAUUAAUAUGUACAUGACAGAUCUUGAGUAUAUCUAUUUCUUUUGUGUGUACAGUUUAAGGAGGCAAAAAGACAACUAUUUACAGUCAUUGACAGUAUAUGCAGGUGAAAAUACAAAUGUUUACAGUCAUGUACAGUAAAUGAAGGUGAAAAGACAAAUGUUUACAUGUACAGUAUAUGUAGGUUAAAAGACAAAUGUUUACAGUCAUGUACAGUAAAUGGAGGUAAAAAGACAAAUCAGUACAUGUACAGUAUAUGGAGGUAAAAAAAAAGCAUACUGGGCUUAUCUGUAUAUGCUAUAUUUAAAUGAUAUAUUAUGAGGUAAAAAGAUGUUUACAUGUACAAAUAUGGAGGUAAAAUACAGAUGUUUACAUAAACAAAUAAGGAGGUAAUAUACAGAUGUUUACAUGUACAAAUAAGGAGGUAAAAGACAAAUGUUUACAUGUACAAAUAAAAGACAAAUAUUUACAUGUACAAAUUAGGAGGUAUUUUACAGAUGUUUACAUGUACAAAUAAGGAGGUAAUUUACAGAUGUUUACAUGUACAAAUAAGGAGGUAAAAGACAGAUGUUUACACAAGAAGCAUAAUUAUUACAGUGGUAAUAGCAGUUUGUUUGAUACUGGUGCACAGCAAAGUCUUGGUCCCAAAAUUAAAUAAAGGUAAUUCCUUCAGAACACCUACCUAUAUAAAGUUUUUGAAGUUAAUAGUUAUUAGGUAUACGUUUAUAAUUAGCUUAAGGAAGAUCUAUAUAACUUACAUCCAAGUAAUUGAGAAAACUUAAGUUUAGAACAAUAACACUUUGAGAAGGAUUGUAUAUAUGGGACUAGAAACCAGAAAUCUUAUUGCUAUGCUCCUGACAGCUGUACAUUAUUGCUCAAACAUCAUUAUAUUUGUAAAAGAAUCCACAUUCCAUGUUUUAAAUGCAAGCUGUUAUAAAUACACAAAUCUAGGGAAACAUAAUGUAGAAAAUUUCAGGCAGCAUUGUUUUUGUAUCUGGCUUUAAUACAAGGCAUAAUUUCCCAUUCUUGGCUUUAACUGAAGACCAACGUAUGUCUAAAGUUUUCAUUUGUAGAUAUUCAUGGUUUUGUUUGUUAAGGUAUUAAUGAAUCUAAUAUGACUUUUGUUGAUGAUUUGUUAAGAUACCCACGGGUCUACAACUAGUUAUCAUUAUGUGAAAAGAUAACCAUUGUUAUUAUGUCUCCCCCAGGAGACAUAUUGUUUUUGCCCUGUCCAUCCGUCCGUCCGUCCGUACGUCACACUUCAUUUCCGAGCAAUAACUGGAGAACCAUUUGACCUAGAACCUUCAAACUUCAUAGGGUUGUAGGGCUGCUGGAGUAGAUGACCCCUAUUGUUUUUGGGGUCACUCCGUCAAAGGUCAAGGUCACAGGGGUCUGAACAUUGAAAACCAUUUCCAAUCAAUAACUAGAGAACCACUUGACCCAGAAUGUUGAAACUUCAUAGGAUGAUUGGUCAUAAAGAGUAGAUGACCCCUAUUGAUUUUGGGGGCACUCAUUCAAAGGUCAAGGUCACAGGGGCCUGAACAUUGAAAACCAUUUCCGAUCAAUAACUAGAGAACCACUUGACCCAGAAUGUUGAAACUUCAUAGGAUGAUUAGUCAUAAAGAGUAGAUGACCCCUAUUGAUUUUGGGGUCACUCCAUCAAAGGUCAAGGUCACAGGGGCCUAAACAUGGAAAACCAGUUCCGAUCACUAACUAGAGAACCAUUUGACCCAGAAUGUUGAAACUUCAUAGGAUGAUUGUACAUGCAAAGUAGAUGACCCCUAUCGAUUUUGGGGUCACUCCAUUAAAGGUCAAGGUCACAGGGGCCUGAACAUUGAAAACCAUUUCCGGUCAGUAACUUGAGAACCACUUGACCCAGAAUGUUGAAACUUCAUAGGAUGAUUGGUCAUGCAGAGUAGAUGACCCCUAACAACUUUGGGGUAACUCUCUGAAAGGUCAAGGUCACAGGGGCCUGAACAUUGAAAACCAUUUCCGGUCAGUAACUUGAGAACCACUUAACCCAGAAUGAUGAAACUUCAUAGGAUGAUUGGUCAUGCAGAGUAGAUGACCCCUAACGAUUUUAGGGUCACUCUGUUAAAGGUCAAGGUCACAGGGGCCUGAACAUGGAAAACCAUUUCCAAUCAAUAACUUGAUUCCAAUCAAUAACUUGAGAACCUUUCGGCCCAGAAUGUUGAAACUUCAUAGGAUGAUUGUUCAUGCAGAGUAAAUGACCCCUGUUAUUUUUGGGGUCACUCCCUUAAAGGUCAAGGUCACAGGGGCCUGAACAUUGUUAACCAGUUCCGAUCAAUAACUUGAGAACCACUUGACCCAGAAUGUUGACACUUCAUAGGAUGAUUGAAUGUAGAGUAGAUGACCCUUAUUGAUUUUGGGGUCAGUCUAUUAAAGGUCAAGGUCACAGUGGCCUGUUCAUGUAAAAUCAUUUUUUGGAAAUAACUUGAGAACCACUUGACCUACAAUGUUGAAACUUAAUAGGAUGAUUGGACAUGCAGAGUAGAUGACCCCUAUUUAUUUUGAGGUCACUUGAUCAAAGGUCAAGGUCACAGGAGCCUCAACAGUGACUUGAGAACCACUAGGCCAAGAGUGUUGAAAUUUAGCGGAAUGACUGGACAUGCCAAGUAGAUGAUCCCUAUUGCAGCUAACCAUCAGUGUCUCUUUGACUUUCGCUCCUGACCCCUACUGACUUCUUGCCUAUAGGACUUUGCAUUGGGGGAGACAUGCGCUUUUUUACAAAAUCAUUUUCUAGUUGUUUGUUAUUUUACAAUAAUGGUUUGACAAUAUGUCUGUCUAAGGUUAUGAAGUAGUUAAUUUUAUGGUAACUGUAUGACAAUACGUCUGUGGUUGUAUCAUGUGUAAGUUUAAGGUAACGCUAUGGUUAUAUCGCGUGUAAUUCCACAGUAAUGAUUUGACAAUAUGCCUAUAGUUAUAUCAUGCGUAAUUUUGCAGUUAUUAUUUGACAGGAUAUCCAUGGUUAAAGCAUGGCACUUUCCAGUCAUAAUUUGCACAGAUAUAUAUGAUUAUGUUUUACAUUAUGGUUAAGUUAAAAUUUCAAAAUAGGUGUGGUUAUGCCAUGUGUAGUUUUACAGUUCAUUUUGCAAGAAUGUUCCUGUGAAGCCUUGGUCAGUGAUGACUUUAAAUCAUUCCCUGUUAACACGAGCUUGACACAAUAAGCAAAGGGGUGUCUUGUCUUGUAUACUGAGCAGAACAACUGAAAUCUGCUGGUUACUUUGCCAAUCUCUGAACUAUUACUGAUAAUUACUGCAGAAUCUUCAAAAUUUAGCAUAAAUUUGGGAAAUAGAUUUUAGUUUUGCAUGCUUUGUUGGCAAAUAAAGCGUGGUUUUGAGUUCAGAUGCGUUGUAAUUUAACCAUGAAGGCCAAAGGCCCGAGUGUGUAAUUAUGACGAAUCUGAAUGAAAUAACGUGUUUUAUUCACCAACAAAGCACACAAAACCAAAUUCUAUUUCCAUUCUAACACGUCCAAAUUACACCAGGAAAAGAUACUAAUCUGGAAUCCUUUGUUAGGCGGAAUAGUCGAAAGUACUCCAUUUUGCAAAGCGUGUUUUAAUUGACAAGACAGUACACAGUAAAAUCCUUUGUUAUAUAAAUGAAAAUCGUAAAAGUGUUAGAAUAGUUAAUAAAAUGUCAAAACUUUAUAUAUAUUGAAUAACACAAAGAUACAAUUUUAUUAAUUUUACUACCUAACUUAACCCAUUUAAAAGAAGAUCAGUAAUUUAUAAGAUAUAAAUUUGGAAAAUAGCAAAAAAAAAUUAAUGGCAUGUUAGCUGUUUUGUUCAGUAUAGAUUUCCUAUUCCACAAGGUUAAUUACUGUAGGACUUGUUUUCAGAUGUGUACUAUAUUUUGUACAGGAAAUUUUGUCUCAGAAAGUGCUAGUCUUAACAUUGGCAUUGGUGUAGCAAAGGUUGUAAAGCUGGUGGGUGUUGAAGAGAGAAUGCCAAGAUUGUUUCAGCUACCAUACUUUAUUGCAGAAAUCAGUCUGGAAAUUUUUUGCUUAGCUGUAAAAGACACAAUAUCCCUAAAAUUAAAGCACAUAAAAACCAAUACUAAUACGCAGUUUUUGUACUCUUUAGGACUAGAUUAUUUAGUUACAGUGUUGUUGAUUAUGUUAAUACUCUAUAUGGGCAGUGCAGCCUGUAUACUUGUUCAGGUUUUACAAGUUUAGGGGUUAGUUUUGUUUAAAAUGGUUCAGUUACAUCUGUUAACCCUUAGCCUGUUGGCGGCAAGUGAUUCUGCCUUUGCGACCAUUGCAUACCAAGAUCAGUCUGCACAUCCGUGCAGUCUGUUCAUGGUCUGCACUGUUCGCCAUUCAGUCAGUAUCUUAGUAAGCACCACUUUUAUCAGUUAAUGGUACUGUCCAAAUUGAAAGAUAGACUAGUUCAUUAUAGAAAUAUUGGGGAAAAAAUGAAAAAUGUAUAAUGUCUGCAAACAUUGAAAUUCAUAGGAAGAUAAAUCAGUGACAGAAUAUAUAAGUUAAAGAUGGCAAGAUCUGACAUGCUACUUUCCUGCUGAAAAGACAGGGCUACUUCAAAUCAACUACGUUUUUUUAUGCCCCCGAAGGGAGGCAUAUAGUUUUUGAACCGUCUGUCUGUCGGUCUGUCCGCAAUUUUCGUGUCCGGUCCAUAUCUUUGUCAUCGAUGGAUGGAUUUUCAAAUAACUUGGCCUGAAUGUGUACCACAGUAAGACGACGUGUCGCGCGCAAGACCCAGGUCCGUAGCUCAAAGGUCAAGGUCACACUUAGACAUUAAAGGAUAGUGCAUUGAUGGGCGUGUCCGGUCCAUAUAUUUGUCAUCGAUGGAUGGAUUUUCAAAUAACUUGGCAUGAAUGUGUACCACAGUAAGACGACGUGUCGCGCGCAAGACCCAGCUCCGUAGCUCAAAGGUCAAGGUCACACUUAGACAUUAAAGGAUAGUGCAUUGAUGGGCGUGUCCAGUCCAUAUCUUUGUCAUCGAUGGAUGGAUUUUCAAAUAACUUGGCAUGAAUGUGAACCACAGUAAGACGAUGUGUCGCGCGCAAGACCCAGGUCCGUAGCUCAAAGGUCAAGGUCACACUUAGACAUUAAAGGAUAGUGCAUUGAUGGGCUAGUCCGGUCCAUAUCUUUGACAUCGAUGGAUGGAUUUUCAAAUAACUUGGCAUGAAUGUGUACCACAAUAAGACGACGUGUCGUGCGCAAGACCCAGGUUCGUAGCUCGAAGGUCAAGGACACACUUAGACGUUAAAGGAUAGUGCAAUGAUGGGCGUGUCCGGUCCAUAUCUUUGUCAUCGAUGGAUGGAUUUUCAAAUAACUUGGCAUGAAUGUGUACCACAGUAAGACGACGUGUCGCGCGCAAGACCCAGCUCCGUAGGUCAAAGGUCCUAAACUCUAACAUAGGCCAUAACUAUUCAUUCAAAGUGCCAUCGGGGGCAUGUGUCAUCCGAUGGAGACAGCUCUUGUUUUUCAUCAAUAUCAAUGUCAUCUUACAAAAUAUAACUACACUUCAGAUAUUAUUGUGUUUUUUGUAUAUAUUUAAUAUAUUCAUACAUGUAGUAGUGUUUGACAGGUAGAGUUCAAACUUGUUAUUGAUAAACAUUUGUUAAUAUAAUACCUCCACUUAAACUGGCACAGAAGUAGUAACAUUUUAAUUACAGAUUACAGAUUAAUUAUCAGACUGGAUUCCAAAUCAGUAUGACUGCAUCAAUACUUCAAAAUAAUUUUAAAAAAUCUUCCAGAUAUGGUUUUAUCCUGAGAAAAGAUGCUUAACUACAUGCAUACGAAUUGUGACAGUUGGGUAACUCAGACAAAACCUGUAUGUCUAUUCUGUUAAAGGAUGGAGACUUACAUACUGAGGGCUUUAGGACUUUGGUUGGGGCUGGGGGAGGGGGGGGGGGGGGGGGGAAAUUACUACAUUUAUGAAAAUUACUUAUCACCAUAGCUACCUCUCACUCAGAAUUUAUUGUUCAUUGGUAAAAAGAACAAACCUGAAACAGUGAUGUACAGUAGAUUUUUCCAAGUUUCUAUAAUAAAAGUGGCAUACACCAUUCCUAGCCUUUUGUGCCAAUUUAAAGUGAAAGGGAUGUUCUUUUUUUUUUUCAUUUUUUUGUUAAUUUCUUUCAUUAUUGUUGAAAAUACCAGUGUCUGUCAUUUAUAAAGAUGACCGAUUAUUUUGUACCUGUAAUUGUUUGAUUAAUUUGUAUUUUUUUCUCUCAAAUAUUUAUGUAACAGUUAUUUUGCUUUUAUAGUAAACUAUGUACACCUGUAUAUACUAGCAACAUUACUGAAGCUUAUCGUUUGUAUGGAUAUUAUAAAUUUGCGAUACAAAUUCAAGUUGGACAAAUUCAAAUUACAAUGUAAACAAAUGCAUAUUUUAUGUAUAAUUAUUUACAACAGGAAAAUUCAAAUAUGGUAUAAGAUAUUGAGAAUGUCGGGUUUAAUUCAGCCUUUUGAAAUCAUUCUUAGUAGAUGGGACCAACAUGGUAGUUUCUAUUCUUUUGACUUAUCAGAACAGGUUGAUUGAUCUAUUCAGAUAGAGAGCGUACUGUUACGUAACUACGGAACUACUUUUCUAACCAGGAAUUUUGCUUUAACAUACCAAUAACAGUUUCCAUUUGCACCAUAACAAAACAAGUAAAUCAGUUUGUAGGAAAUACUUCUUUAUAAUUAUAUAACACAGUACGUACAAGUAUCAAGUUUAUAUCAAAAUAACAUGAUUUUUUUCAUAAUAUUGUACUCUUUUUAUCAUAUAUUGGAGAGUGUGAAUUGUGGAAUUCUCUGUACAGGUUAGAAGUACUGAAAAUUUUUCUACAUUUACUCUUAAUUUAGGUAAUAUUGAAGCAUGUGCCUGAAAGAGAGAAUAUGAAAAAUGGUAGUAUUGGCAAUGUCUGAUCACAGCAAAGGUCAAAUACUUAUAGACUAUCCAUUUUAAUGUGAUGGCACAAUUAUUGAAAAUCUACAACUAGUGUAUUAUAUGUCUAGCCAACACUUUUAUAUAUACCCAAAUUACAUAAUACUUUUAUUGUAGUUUAGUUGUCAGUAAAAUUUAACCCACCUCUCUGGAUUCUUAAUUACAAGUUGUAAGCAAAAUUGAAUUAAAGUUUGCUUGGAACACUUUUGGGAAGAAAUCACUGCAGAUCCUUUGGGGUUAAAUUGAGUUUUUUUAUGCCCCCAAAGGGAGGCAUAUAGUUUUUUAACUGUCUGUCAGUCUGUCAUUCUGUCAGUCUGUCCGCAAUUUUCGUGUCUGGUCCAUAUCUUUGUCAUCCAUGGAUGGAUUUUCAAAUAACUUGGCAUGAAUGUGUACCACAGUAAGAUGACGUGUCGCGCGCAAGACCCAGGUCCGUAGCUCAAAGGUCAAGGUCACACUUAGACGUUAAAGGUCAUAUUUCAUGAUAGUGCAUCGAUGGGCGUGUCUGGUCCAUAUCUUUGUCAUUCAUGCAUGGAUUUUAAAAUUAUUGGGGAUGAAUGUGUACCACAGUAAGACGUGUCACGCGCAAGACCCAGGUCCGUAGGUCAAAGGUCCUAAACUCUAACAUCGGCCAUAACUAUUCAUUCAAAGUGCCAUCGGGGGCAUGUGUCAUCCUAUGGAGACAGCUCUUGUUCACACUUGUAUUGAUUUUAUAAAGUGCAGUGUACUGGUAGAAUAACAGAAUAUAAGAUUUUUUUUCUUAUAAAUAAUAGACAAUAAUUCAAAAGUGUUCUUUAGGUGAUUUCUUUGUCCUGCAUUAUAUAUAGUAUACCCUUUAUAGAAUCUUUCUAACUUUGCGCCCAUUUAAUAUCACUAGCCAGAUUACUAAUAUAAAAAGUUCAGUGUCAAAUGAUCAAAUUUCUUGGAAGAUGUUUUUAAGACAAGUGCAAUGUGACCAAAGAAAUUUUAUCUUUAUCUCAGUUGUAUGUGGGGAAGUUGUUCUUUCACAGCCUUUUUACCUUUUUCUGCUUUCAGUUUUAAUUUUGAAGCCAUGAAUCUCUGUAAAACAGAAUCUAUCUAGAUGUGCCUUUAAAUUUCAAUAGGUUCCAAAUAAUAUGGUCAAGUCACUAAAGCAAAGAGCUUGUAAAAUAUAAGUACUGUUCUGCUUGUUCAGUGUUAACGUACCAGACCUAUUAACUGCUUAAAGCUUUUCUUUUAACCAAACUAUGAAUAUUGAGAACUUCCUAAAGUACUAUCAAAAAAACAAAAACUGUGUAAAAGAAAUAUACAUAAUAGUAAAAUAGCAGGGUGUUAUAAUCAGAUGUCCAACUCUUGAUUUACCAAACUUUCUGUUUAAUGUUAAGAAAGGGAUCUCAGUGUUACCAAGGGUUUUGGACAAUCACUAGGUGCAUAGCUGCUCGACAAGUAUGCAGUUGCAUUCUACAUCACUUUGCCAAAAAAAGAAAUGAAGACCGAUAAUAUAAAAGUAUCACAAUUGGUCAUCCAGUAGUCAUAAUAUCAUGACAAUUUACCUUCUUAUAAACUUAAAAGAUAAAUUAGCAGUUUUACAGAUGCGGCAAACCUGCCAAAAUUUAAGCGAACUGACAAGAAUGGCAUUCUGACAACAGGAGCUACUAAGCUUAUUAUCUUGUGUCUUGUACAAUUUUGCAGCCUGACAAUGUAGUUGAUUGGAAAUGUGUCUUUAAAACCCUUUCUUCUUCAAGUUUGUACACACAAAAAAUUAAAAAGAAAACACUUUGGAAGUAACUUUACAAAUAAAUGACAUUGUAGAGCAAAUUUACUAUAAAAACAGAAGUAGAUGAAGAAUUUUGUAACAGAUUUAAAGAUGCUUUUGAUGUAAUAUUUCUUGUAAAAGGUGUGAAGUAGUUAUGAACUUUGUAUUGUAUUUUUGAAACUUAUUUACAUUGGUUAUUAUGUUUGUAGAUGUCGUGUAUACACCCUGUCAGCUGAGUGUAUUUUGUCAUAUAAACUGAUAAAUAAAAUACUUCUUCUUA